AGUCUGAGAACCAAUUCAAAGCAAUUCCUUUAAUACCAUAAGAACAUAAUUUUGACAGUAAUAAUCCAUGACUAAAGUGUCAAAUGCUUUUGACAAGUCAACAAAAAUUGCACCAACUAGAUUGCCACUGUCUACUUCUUUCCUGAUGUUGUCCGUUAAUAACGUAGUCGCCAUCUCCGUUGAUCGUUUUCGACGGUACCCAAAUUGAUUUCGAGAAAGUAAGUUAUUUGAUUCUAGAUAAUCAAUUAAUUGGUGAUGAACAGCACGUUCUAGAAUCUUGGAAACUAUAGGAAGAACUGAGAUAGGUCUAUAGUUUGUUUCUUCAGAUGAAUUUCCUCCCUUAAAAAGUGGCGUAACUUUUGCGAUUUUCCAGUCCGACGGUAUUGUACUGGUACGCAGCGACAGGUUUAUAAUGAAUGCUAAUGGUUGAGAAAGGAGUGUAGCAGCAUCUUUCAAAACACCCGGUGGUAUGUCAUCUGCACCGGUGGCUUUCUUUCUCUUCAAAGAUUUUAAUUCUUUUUCGACAAACACUUUCGUGACGUAAUGAAAAUGAAAGAGUUUAUCAGUCCUGGUCGAAAUUAUUGGAGUAUAUCUCCAUAUAAGGUUUCGUAAUGGAAAAGCGACGUCCUUCAAUUUUCUAGCGCAAUCUGAAAAGUAUCGACAAAAUUUGUUAGCGUAAAGAAGUUUUUCAGCUGCAUCCGGCUGAUCACUAUUUGUUGGAGAUGAUGACUUUCCUGCAGGAAAUAUGCUUUUGAUUGUUUUCCAAAACUUACGAGGAUUAUGCCGGUUUUCCACUAACAAGUUUUUCUGAUAACCAUUUCUUGCAACUCGAAUUUUGUUGUUACAAAGAUUUUUUAAUUGUCUGUACAAACACCAAUCUGACGCUUUCUUCGUUUUUCGUGCCUUUCUCAAGAGUUUAUCUCGAUUGUUCAUAUGUUUCUUAAUUUCAGCACUCAACCACGGACAGGAACGUCCUUUUACCAUUUUGGUUAUAACGGGAGCGUGCUUGUCGAUUAUAGCAUGUACUGUUGUUUUAAAAUAUUCCCAGGAACUUUCCACGGAACUCAUUUCAUACAUAGGUUGCCAAUCAUGAUUAUUUAUGUCUGUGUUCAAUUUUUCAGGGUCAUAUUUGUUGAAAUUUCGACAUCGUGUGGUGCGCGAUUUAAACUUUUGAUGGUUAACUUUUCUUACGCAACCAAUACAAUCGUGAUCACUCAGACUCAGAGGUAGAACGUCCGUGUGGGAGAUCGUCGAACUUUUGUUAGUAAAUAUCACAUCAAUUAAUGUUUCAGUGUCUUGCGUUAUUCUCGUGGGCUUUUUUACGAGCUGUACAAAUGAUUGCAAUUUGAAUAUAUCUUUGAUUUCACGAUGAUCACCUUGUUUCAAAUAAUUCACAUUAACAUCGCCCAUAAUGAUUGUUUCUAGUGUUAAUUUAUUAACAGCUAUUAACAUUUCUCUUAAAAUUUCGUUAAAACGAGAAUUCAGAUAUAGAGAUGAGUCAGGGGGUCUAUACAUACAGCAUAUAAGAAAACUUUUUGCGUUUUUCGGAAAAAUUUCGAGCCAGAUACAUUCAAUGUCAUUCACCUCUAGAUCUUCCCUCCUUUUCCAUGUCAAUUGUUCCGAUAUAUAAGUGGCCACACCUCCACCUUUCCCAAUUUCUCUACAACGUGAAAUGAAGUUGUACCCCGGUAUUGUGUAUAAAUCGUUGUUAUCAAACCCACUCUGUGCUUCGAUGUGAGUUUCAGAUAAUGUCAAUGUAGGCUUUAUAUGCACCAGAACUCUUUUUACCGACUUUUCGAGCCUUCCUGUAUAAAUAUUUAUCAGGAUGAUAUUGCAAAUGUAAUAUUAACUCAGGACUGAUAGAUGUCUUUACAAAGAUUUACUAAAGUUUGCGGAAUUUUGUACUUGCGCGCGCAUUCUAGGUAAAAAAACAGGAAUAUGUAAGGUAAAAUGACUAUCAAUGUAAUUUAUUGGUUCAAAGAUACAAAAGACACUAAAAUGAAUCUCUUUAGCAAUAUUCUUCUCUUUUUCUUUUUGGUUGCUUCAAGCGUUUGCUGGUUGUUAUUGUUCAGUCACAAUUCGUAAUUUUGGUAAACAUGGGUAUUGUUCUCCACGCAAAAUCAAAACUCCACGUUGCAUGCAGAGUCGUUUAUAAACUGUUUAUAAACAUCCUAUCAUCUUUGUCGCAAUGUAAGAAAUAUGAUCAACCUAUUCCCUAGGAAAUUUUAUAUCAAUUCGAGUUCUAAAAUCAGUAGGUAUUGCCUUCACAGGGAUCUAUCUUUCAUCUACACUUACUUAAUGUGACGAGUCAAGUUACAAAUCCAGGAUGACGAGAUUGCCAUGAAACAAAAACUCUGUUAUAAAAAGAACAAAUAUGUUUUUUAUAUUUUUAAAAAAUUCAAGAUGGCGAGACAAAAUUCGCAGCAAGGCUGUAAAUACUGACAGAACUAAUGUUUUUGUUUGUGAAUGCAGAAAGCGGAAAGUUAUAUCUUUUACACUCGUUGGAACAAAACAAUCCAAAGAACAUUUCUUUCAGCUCAACUGCGACUUCAUUGACGGCGAUAGUUACCAUAGUAGCAAAUCAAUACAAAAAAUGCAAAAUGGUGAACCAUUACAUGACAUGGAUCGCAAGGUAUGGUUAGAAACACUGAGAAGUCUUAUAGCAAGAUACGUAGAGACUAAACAAAAUCUAGUGUUAGCAUGCUCUGCUCUUAAGGAAAUUUACAGACAAAAAUUGUCGUGCAGUUCUUCCGUAUGGUUUGUGUAUUUGAAAGGUUAUAAAGAACUGAUCUCGAGUCGUUUGAAAGCACGACAGAAUCAUUUUAUGUCACCAGCAUUGCUUGAUUCACAGUUUAAUGCAUUGGAGGAACCUCAAGAAAACGAAGAACGAAUUUUACUUGUAAAUAUCACUAAUAAUGUUACUGAAGUUGUUGAUUUUAUAACUAAUUUGUUAAUGGCAAAAAAAAUCAUAUAAUAUUUUGUCGAUACUACCUGUGGAAUUUCUUCAUUGGUAUCAAUCGGAAUUAAAGGAAAAAACCCUUCGCAGCUUUUAUUUUUUUGUAUCUUUUUGAAACGAACACAAAUAGGAAAAUUAGCUGCGAAGAGGGAAACAGAGGUUUGGAAAAUUUUUGGUUUAGGAUUAUCGUUCAAAAACAGAGAAAAAAAGAAUUUUAAGAAAAUAAUGUAUAUUAAACUAAAUACCCAGACAUUUGAAAAAUUUCAGUAUUGAGUACAAAGUUUUUUAGUUAAUAGAUGGGUAUAGGUAGCGUCAUUUUAAUGUAAUCACAUAUCAUAUAGCAGCUUAAACGUGCUGUAUCGUUUCGUCUUCCUACUGUUAUAUGUAUAUUAUCAAUAUAUUAUGUAUAACUAUGGUUCAGGGUCAACAUAUCAAAGUUGCCGGUCAUCUGCUGGUUUUGCUUGUUUUAAUUUUUGUGAUCUACAUACUUUAACUAUGAGCAUAAUGCGGGAAGCCAAAUGCACCUAUGACGUCACAACCAUUUUAAAUUGUUUUUAUUCGACAUCAGAGUAAAAGUGGAUAAUAAAAACACGUUACUGUUAUCGUCUUAUCAUACUCUUCCAUUUCAACCGAAAAAAACAACAAAUUUUUUACCUCUGUUCUCCUGUCAUUUACCUUUUUCCUAGAGAUCGCCUUCUAAAACCAUCAAGGUUGCUUGUUUUACUUAUUUAUUAGUUGGGGAUUUGAAAAUUUUCUGAUAUGUGUGUCUGGCGCAAGAACCAUAAAGCGAUGAGAAUAUACACAUAUGUACACAUAUAUUCGCCGAAUGCGUAAAAGAAGCCCGUGGAAACAUGCAUAGUGAAUAUGCAAGAGAGUGUUAAAAUGACCAAUGAAGAUAACGACAGAAAUGCUGAUACCCUAGCAUUAAAUUUUUUUAUUGAGAACUUAAACUAAAACAUCAUCUUCAUUUUGUGUGUGUGUUUUCUCAAUAUGCGGCGCAACAGGUCGGGAGAUAACUUGAAGACCUACUCGGCCGAGGGUCACCAUUUUUACCAUCAAUCUUUU